GCUGCGCUCCGUGAUCAUGCAUCAGCACAGAAUGUCAGUCCUGAUACUUUUCAUCAUGUCAUCUGUUCAUGUGUCGAGCUCAUCGCAGUUCCCCAGUCCGCUCAUGAUAAAAGAGUGGGUAGAUCAACUGCAGCAGGAGCUGGUGUCUCUAGCCGACUCUGCCAGCGCUGGAAAUAAUCUAAGACAGAUCUUUAUGGAUAAUCAGAAUUAUUUCACUGUGAAGACAAACAAUGCGGCACAGCUUGUGGAAACGGCGGCACGGAAUAUCGAGGAUUUUUUGAAGAAGCGAGCCACGGCUCUAGAGACUUUGGCAACUGCAGCAGAGAAUUUUCAAAUGGAGCAUCAAUGGAAAGAUGAGUUUGAAGAGGAGGAUAUAGUUUACUUCAAUGCCAAGGAUAAUCUGGAAUCCAAUGAAACCGAAGGACGGAAAAACCGGAUCAAACCUGAAUUUAAAGAAGACCCGUCAUUCAAAAACCGCUUCACUUCCUACAACCACACGGCUGUGCAUAUCCCCACAGAUAUAUAUGACGGCUCUACUAUUGUGUUGAAUGAGUUAAAUUGGACGGAGGCGUUGGAGGACGUCUUUAAGAAGAACAGAGAUGAGGAUCCGACACUACUGUGGCAAGUGUUCGGCAGCGCGACUGGAUUAGCUCGCUAUUACCCAGCUUCCCCUUGGAUGGAUGCCAGAAAAACCCCCAGUAAAAUCGACCUGUACGACGUGCGCCGGCGACCUUGGUAUGUUCAAGGUGCUGCUUCGCCCAAGGACAUGCUGAUUCUUGUGGAUGCGAGUGGAAGUGUUUCGGGACUGACCCUUAAACUCAUUCGGACGUCUGUCAGUGAAAUGCUUGAGACUCUUUCUGAUGAUGAUUAUGUCAAUGUUGUCCAUUUCAACACAAAAGUGAACAACACCGCAUGUUUCGACCACCUGGUCCAAGCUAACGUUCGCAAUAAGAAGAUCUUGAAAGAUGCUGUGCAGAACAUUAUGGCCAAGGGCAUCACCAACUACACCAAAGGCUUCGAGUUUGCCUUCGAACAGCUCUCAAAUACUAACAACUCCAGAGCAAACUGCAACAAGAUCAUAAUGCUGUUCACUGAUGGAGGAGAGGAGAGAGCAGAGGACAUCUUCAAAAGAUACAACAUUGAUAAGAAGGUGCGUGUGUUUACAUUCUCUGUGGGUCAACAUAACUAUGACACGGGGCCAAUAAAGUGGAUGGCUUGUGCUAAUAAAGGAUAUUUCUAUGAAAUCCCGUCCAUUGGAGCCAUCCGUAUAAACACACAGGAAUAUCUCGAUGUUUUGGGCCGACCGAUGGUCCUUGCAGAUGCUAAACAGGUGCAGUGGACCAACGUGUAUCUGGACGCCCUGGAGCUGGGCCUGGUCAUCACCGGGACGCUGCCAGUGUUCAACAAGACCAAAGAUGGCGGAUCUCAGAACCAGCACCAGAACCAGUUGAUUCUAGGAGUGAUGGGGGUGGACGUGUCUCUUGAUGAUAUCAAAAGAUUGACGCCCCGCUUCACCAUCGGUCCUAAUGGAUAUUAUUUUGCAAUCGAUCCUAACGGUUACGUGCUGCUCCAUCCAAACCUCCAACCAAAGAACCCCAAAUUCCAGGAACCUGUUACACUGGACUUUCUGGAUGCUGAACUGGAAAAUGAUAUUAAAGUCCAGAUCCGGACAUUAAUGAUUGAUAGAGACCCUGGGGCGAAAACAAUAGAAACACUUGUGAAAGCUCAGGAUGAGAGAUACAUUGACCGAGGGAUAAGAACGUAUACCUGGGCGCCCGUUAACGGAACAGACUACAGCCUGGCGUUGGUCUUGCCUGAAUACAAUCUGCAUUACAUCGAGGCAAACCUGGGGAACACUAUAAAACAAGCCAUGUUCUUUGACACCAUUCAGGUGGAGAAAUUUGAAGAAUAUGGGUACACCUUUAUUGCUCCCAGGGAAUACUGCAAGGAACUGAAAGUCUCAACCAACAACACUCAGCUUCUGAUGGACUUCAAUGAGUACAUUGACAGAAAUACACCCGAUGACGCGCUGUGUAACGUCACUCUUGUCAACCGGCUGCUGCUGGACGCCGGUCUCACGGCUGACCUCGUCAAAAUCUGGAAGGAGCAGAAUAUAGAUGGAGUUUCAGCCCGCUUUGUGGCUACAGAUGGCGGCAUUACACGUGUGUAUCCUAAAAGUGCUGGAGAAGAAUGGGGUGAGAAUUCUGAGCCGUAUGAUUCCAGUUUUUACAAAAGGAGUCUGGACAAUGACAUAUACAUCUUCACUGCCCCAUAUGUCAACAAGAGCAGAGAGUCGGGUUAUGAGUCUGGUAUACUGGUCAGUAAAGCAGUGUAUUUGAACAUUAAUGGAACAAAACUCAAACCUGCUGUAGUGGGGGUCAAACUCAAUGUGUCGGCUUGGAUGAACAGCUUCAUCAAUGCCACCACGAAGAAAAACUGUAAGGACGAGAUCUGCGGGUGUCUCAGGAAUGAUAAGCAAGUGGAUUGUGUGAUUCUGGAUGAUGGCGGGUUUCUGCUCAUGUCCAAUCAGGACGAGUAUAUCACACAGAUCGGUCAGUUCUUUGGUGAAGUGGACCCUGUUCUGAUGAUCUCUCUGGUCAACACAUCACUCUUCUCCUUCAACAAAACCUACGACUUCCAGUCAGUCUGCGACCCUGAGAGAGAAACUAAAGCUGCAGCUGGACUGCGAUCUAUCUAUGUGCCAACAAUAGCAGACAUGCUAACUGUAGGCUGGUGGGCCUCCACUGCCGUCUGGUCAAUUUUGCAGCAGCUUCUCCUCAGUUUGACUCUCCCAAACGUAGUAGGAACAGCAUACUCUGAAGAUGACCUCUCGGACGCGUUCUCUAAAGAGAGCUGCAUCACCGAACAGACUCAGUAUUUCUUUGAGAAUGACAACAAGUCUUUCUCUGGAGCGAUGGACUGUGGAAACUGCUCCAGAAUGUACCGGGCGGAGAAGCUUCCAAACACGAAUUUGGUAUUUUUGAUCUCUGAUGCUAAAACGUCUUGCCUCUCAUGCGACCCCAAACCUCUGAGACAGGCGGAGCAACCCUCCAAUGGUCCCGACCCAUGUGUGCUGGCCCAGAAUCCUCGGUACAGGAAGGGUCCAGAUGUCUGCUUCGAUAACAACGCUGAUGAGGACGCGUCUGACUGCGGAGGCGGCUGCGGUUUGAAUCCGUCUCUCUGGACAGUGCUCGGUCUUCAGGUCCUUCUACUGUGGCUGCUCACUGGAACCAGAACAUAUUUGUCCUGACCAGAGUGAAUCUACAGACUGGACACAAAAGAAUGACCACAAAAUAACUUCAACUGCAGACUACACGUCCACAACAUAACGGCCUGAGAUUGUCCGUAACUUCACCCGACAUGUUAUGACUACACAAGCACAGACACCUUACCUACCUUUAAAUUGACUCAUAAACUCACUGCCAAAUACUGCCCACUCAGACCAAACAGAAACUAACCACAACACAGACAUAGAUACGGUCUAGUGCCACAACCAGGAAACUAUAAUGAGUCAACAAGCCACAUUGUGGUCAUAGAUGGUUCCAGCACCAGCUUGGAUCUGAAUCAGGGUUGAUUAGUACAGGAAAGACUGUUCGGCUCUGGAGCUCAGCAUUAAUUCAGCUUAACGUGAGCUUUACACUACGAGUAGGUCAGUGAUGUCACACCCGAGCCCUUUAGGCCCACAGAGGGCUGUAUUUCUUGUUUCACGUCGUUUGACUUCACUUCGAUUGUUCUAUUCAAACCAUUAAGAAGCAGAUAAGUGCUUUGGCAUAUUUAGUACGGUGGAUCUCACGAAGAAAUAUUUCACCCCAAAAUCAAAAGGAGAUAUAUUUUGCAUAUAUAGAACCAUUAAACUUUUGAUUUAUUUAUUUUUUUCAUUAUUUUCAUGGCAAUUAAGCACAUUAGCAUUACUGUAAU